AGGGAGGCACAGGCGCUUGCUUUGCAGGAGUCAGCUCUGCCUUCCUCAGCUGGAGUGUGUGUGGCUUGGUGAGCCGGUGGUCAGGAAUUCUCUCUCCUCCUUGCAAUUUUCCUUUCUGUCUGGGAGCACGCCAAGAUGUCCCUUGUGACUGUCCCCUUCUACCAGAAGAGACAUAGGCACUUCGACCAGUCCUACCGUAAUAUUCAAACACGGUACCUGCUGGACGAAUAUGCAUCAAAAAAGCGAGCUUCCACCCAGGCAUCUUCCCAGAAGUCCUUGAGUCAGCGGUCGUCUUCGCAGAGAGCCUCCAGCCAGACGUCCCUGGGAGGAACCAUCUGCAGGCUCUGUGCGAAGCGAGUGAGCACGCAGGAAGAUGAGGAGCAGGAGAACAGAAGCAGGUACCAGUCCCUGGUGGCCGCCUAUGGCGAGACCAAGCGACAGCGCUUCCUCAGCGAGCUGGCCCACUUGGAGGAGGAUGUCCACCUGGCACGCUCCCAGGCCCGCGACAAGCUGGACAAAUACGCCAUUCAGCAGAUGAUGGAGGACAAGCUGGCCUGGGAGAGACACACAUUUGAAGAGCGGAUACGCAGGGCUCCUGAGAUCCUGGUGCGGCUGCGAUCCCACACCGUCUGGGAGAGGAUGUCUGUGAAACUCUGCUUCACCGUGCAAGGAUUUCCCACGCCCGUGGUGCAGUGGUACAAGGAUGGCAGUCUGAUUUGCCAGGCGGCUGAACCGGGAAAGUACAGGAUUGAGAGCAACUAUGGCGUACACACACUGGAGAUCAACAGGGCAGACUUUGACGACACCGCGACAUACUCAGCAGUGGCCACCAAUGCCCACGGACAAGUGUCCACCAACGCGGCGGUGGUGGUGAGAAGGUUCCGGGGAGACGAGGAACCAUUCCGUUCGGUGGGACUCCCGAUUGGAUUGCCCCUGUCGUCGGUGAUUCCGUACACGCACUUCGACGUCCAGUUUUUGGAGAAGUUUGGGGUCACCUUCAGGAGGGAAGGCGAGACGGUCACUCUCAAGUGCACCAUGCUGGUGACGCCGGACCUGAAGCGGGUGCAGCCGCGCGCCGAGUGGUACCGCGAUGACGUGCUGUUGAAAGAGUCCAAGUGGACGAAGAUGUUCUUUGGAGAAGGCCAGGCCUCCCUGUCCUUCAGCCACCUGCACAAGGACGACGAGGGUCUGUACACCCUGCGCAUCGUGUCUCGGGGCGGCGUCAGCGACCACAGCGCCUUCCUGUUUGUCAGAGAUGCUGACCCGCUGGUCACAGGGGCCCCCGGUGCACCCAUGGACUUGCAGUGCCACGACGCCAACCGAGACUACGUCAUCGUGACCUGGAAGCCGCCCAACACCACCACCGAGAGCCCCGUCAUGGGCUAUUUUGUGGACCGAUGUGAAGUAGGAACGAAUAAUUGGGUGCAGUGCAAUGAUGCACCGGUGAAAAUCUGCAAAUACCCGGUCACAGGGCUUUUUGAAGGAAGGUCUUACAUAUUCCGAGUGAGGGCAGUGAACAGUGCGGGCAUCAGCCGACCCUCCAGGGUCUCUGAUGCGGUGGCUGCACUUGACCCCUUGGACCUCAGAAGUUUACAAGCUGUUCAUUUGGAGGGAGAGAAGGAGAUGGCCAUUUAUCAGGAUGACCUUGAAGGUGACGCCCAGGUUCCAGGGCCUCCCACUGGUGUGCACGCUUCCGAGAUCAGCAGAAACUAUGUCGUCCUCAGCUGGGAGCCACCCAUUCCCCGUGGCAAGGACCCGCUCAUGUACUUCAUUGAGAAGUCCGUGGUGGGGAGCGGCAGCUGGCAGAGAGUCAACGCCCAGACGGCGGUGAGAUCCCCAAGAUAUGCCGUGUUUGACCUCAUGGAAGGGAAGUCAUACGUGUUCCGAGUGCUGUCAGCAAACCGGCAUGGCCUGAGCGAGCCUUCAGAGAUAACGUCCCCCAUUCAGGCCCAGGACGUGACCGUUGUCCCUUCUGCUCCGGGUCGGGUUCUUGCUUCCCGAAACACCAAGACGUCGGUGGUCGUGCAGUGGGAGCGACCCAAGCACGAGGAGGACCUGCUGGGCUACUACGUGGACUGCUGCGUGGCCGGAACCAACCUCUGGGAGCCCUGCAACCACAAGCCCAUCGGAUACAACAGGUUCGUGGUGCACGGCUUAACCACGGGAGAGCAGUACAUCUUCCGAGUCAAGGCGGUCAAUGCUGUGGGGAUGAGUGAAAAUUCCCAGGAAUCAGACGUCAUAAAAGUGCAGGCCGCACUCACCGUCCCGUCCCAUCCUUAUGGGAUUACUCUCCUCAACUGUGACGGCCACUCCAUGACCCUCGGCUGGAAGGUCCCGAAAUUCAGCGGUGGCUCGCCCAUCCUGGGCUACUACCUGGACAAGCGUGAAGUUCACCAUAAAAACUGGCACGAGGUCAAUUCCUCACCCAGCAAACCGACAAUCCUAACGGUGGACGGCUUGACGGAAGGCUCACUCUACGAGUUCAAAAUCGCCGCCGUCAACCUGGCCGGCAUCGGGGAGCCCUCGGAUCCCAGUGAGCACUUCAAGUGUGAGGCCUGGACCAUGCCGGAGCCCGGUCCUGCCUACGACUUGACGUUCUGUGAGGUCAGGGACACAUCCUUGGUCAUGCUGUGGAAGGCCCCUGUGUACUCCGGCAGCAGCCCUGUUUCUGGAUAUUUCGUGGACUUCAGGGAGGAGGAUGCUGGAGAGUGGAUCACUGUGAAUCAGACGACAACGGCCAACCGUUAUUUAAAGGUCUCUGACCUGCAGCAAGGUAAGACCUAUGUCUUCAGGGUCCGGGCAGUCAAUGCAAACGGCGUGGGGAAGCCCUCAGAGACGUCGGAGCCUGUGCUGGUAGAGGCGAGACCAGGCACCAAGGAAAUCAGUGCUGGUGUCGAUGAACAAGGCAACAUCUACCUGGGCUUCGACUGCCAGGAAAUGACAGACGCGUCUCAGUUCACCUGGUGCAAAUCCUACGAGGAGAUUGCAGAUGAUGAGAGGUUUAAAAUCGAAACCGUGGGGGAUCACUCCAAGCUGUACUUAAAGAAUCCGGAUAAGGAGGAUUUAGGGACUUACUCCGUGUCUGUAAGUGAUACAGACGGAGUGUCCUCCAGUUUUGUUCUGGACCCAGAAGAGCUCGAGCGUUUGAUGGCAUUGAGCAAUGAAAUAAAGAACCCCACAAUUCCUCUGAAAUCGGAAUUAGCUUAUGAGAUUUUUGAUAAGGGGCGGGUUCGCUUCUGGCUCCAGGCUGAGCACUUAUCACCAGAUGCCAGCUACCGAUUUAUUAUUAACGACAGAGAAGUCUCUGACAGCGAGAUACACAGAAUUAAAUGUGACAAAGCUACUGGCAUUAUUGAGAUGGUAAUGGAUCGAUUUAGUAUUGAAAAUGAGGGGACCUACACUGUGCAGAUUCAUGAUGGGAAAGCCAAAAGUCAGUCUUCUCUAGUUCUUAUUGGAGAUGCAUUCAAGACUGUGCUGGAAGAGGCUGAGUUUCAAAGGAAAGAAUUUCUCAGGAAACAAGGCCCUCAUUUUGCUGAGUACUUACACUGGGAUGUCACCGAAGAAUGUGAAGUUCGACUUGUUUGCAAGGUUGCAAACACCAAGAAAGAAACCGUUUUCAAAUGGCUCAAGGAUGAUGUUCUGUAUGAAACGGAGAAACUGCCUAACCUGGAGAGGGGAAUCUGUGAGCUGCUCAUCCCAAAGUUGUCAAAGAAGGACCACGGUGAAUACAAGGCAACCUUGAAAGAUGACAGAGGCCAAGAUGUGUCCAUCCUUGAAAUAGCUGGCAAAGUGUAUGAUGAUAUGAUUUUGGCAAUGAGUAGAGUCUGUGGGAAAUCUGCUUCGCCACUGAAGGUACUCUGCACCCCAGAAGGAAUACGACUUCAGUGUUUCAUGAAGUAUUUUACAGAAGAAAUGAAAGUGAACUGGUGUCACAAAGAUGCUAAGAUCUCAUCCAGUGAGCAUAUGAGAAUCGGGGGGAGUGAAGAGAUGGCCUGGCUGCAGAUAUGUGAGCCGACGGAGAAGGACAAAGGAAAAUACACUUUUGAGAUUUUCGAUGGCAAAGAUAACCAUCAACGCUCCCUCGACCUGUCCGGACAAGCUUUUGAUGAAGCAUUUGCAGAAUUCCAGCAACUCAAAGCUGCUGCUUUUGCAGAGAAGAAUCGUGGCAGGUUGAUUGGCGGCUUGCCUGACGUGGUGACCAUCAUGGAAGGGAAGACCUUGAAUCUGACUUGCACGGUGUUUGGAAACCCUGACCCCGAAGUGAUUUGGUUCAAGAACGACCAGGACAUCCAGCUCAGCGAGCACUUCUCGGUGAAGGUGGAGCAGGCCAAGUACGUCAGCAUGACCAUCAAAGGCGUGACCUCCGAGGACUCGGGCAAGUACAGCAUCAACAUCAAGAACAAGUAUGGUGGGGAGAAGAUCGACGUGACGGUGAGCGUGUACAAACACGGGGAGAAGAUCCCGGACAUGGCCCCGCCCCAGCAAGCCAAGCCCAAGCUCAUCCCGGCGUCUGCCUCAGCGGCAGGCCAGUGAAGGCGUUUUCCUAGCCUGGAGAUGGGAAAAUAUGCUUGGCAGAGACAGGAAUGCUGUGUGCUUGUUCCAAAGGAGCAGCUGGCAUCCGAGUGGUGUCCUGUGUGGGCUGAUAGUUGAUCACACACUGUGCUUUUGAUUUUUGCGUUUGGUGAUGAAUAUUUUAUACCCGUCUAAGGGAGAAAGCUAAUGUUUUCCACAAGACUGAACAACGUGUAUUUACACGAGGGUAGACGGCAGAUGCCUGACAGAGAGUGGGUUGGCAGACAACACACUAGCAUUUUCACGGGUGUGGGCACAUGGGUGUGGCACCUGGAUGUGUGCAGCAUGUGGCGGUCUGUGUGAAGCCACCGUGCUUGUCUUUGGGGGGCCGCGAGAUCUAGCAUCUCUGAAAUCCUGGCUGUGGAGGCUUUGAAGCACGUGUUACCUGGUUUAGCUUGUUUUCUCUUGCUUUAGGCAAAUAAAACUUUAAAAAUCA